CUGACGGGUGAAGUCUGGAGGGUCCCGUUACUGCUGAGUGAAUCCCGGAGGGUCCCAUUACUGCUGAGUGAAUCCCGGAGGGUCCCGUUACUGCUGAGUGAAUCCCGGAGGGUCCCGUUACUGAAAGGUGAAGUCUGGAGGGUCCCGUUACUGCCGAGUGAAUCCCGGAGGGUCCCGUUACUGCCGGGUGAAGUCAGGAGGGUCCCGUUACUGCCGGGUGAAGUCAGGAGGGUCCCGUUACUGCCGGGUGAAGUCUGGAGGGUCCCGUUACUGCCGAGUGAAUCCCGGAGGGUCCCGUUACUGCCGGGUGAAGUCUGGAGGGUCCCGUUACUGCCGGGUGAAGUCUGGAGGGUC